GGCGAAUGAUGUUGUUGUCGUCGACUUCAAUGUGCAGAAACGUAGAAUACAAACACAUUUUUAAGUAGCUGUAUGCGGUAUCGUACUAUGAAUUUGACAUGAAAAAAUAACUGUUCGACCCAGUAUGGUACCGGUAACUUGUAUAGGCUUGUACUAUAGUAACUACAAAGAAAACUGCGAAACCAAGAGCUACAGAAUUGCAGAUAAUAUUUGAGUUAUAUAAAGUGUAUAUGAUUGAUUCUAUAGAUAUGAGAAAUGGCGUCCUAUUUUGCAACAGAAAAUAACUCGGAUAUUCAGACUUUAAAAAUGAAGCUGAGUAGUCCUUCUGUUCAGUCUGACCCAACACAAUGUAGACUACUACUACAGAGAAUAAUAGCAUUAAUGACACAAGGAUUUGAUAUGUCUGAACUGUUUACACAUAUAAUAAAGACUGCUGCUACCAGUGACAUUGUGCAGAAGAAACUGGUCUAUCUAUACAUGUCUACCUAUGCGGAACUGAAAUCUGACUUAGCUUUGCUGGCAGUUAAUACAUUACGUAAGGAUUGCAGUGAUCCUAAUCCAAUGAUCAGAGGAUUAGCCUUACGAACUAUGACUUCAAUCAGAUUACCCAUGUUAGUAGAAUAUACAGAACAGUGUUUAUUAACGGGAUUAGAGGAUAGCAGUGCAUAUGUGAGAAGAGUUGCUGUCAUUGGCUGUCUUAAAAUAUGGAAUAUUGCACCAAAUAUAAUUACAGGACAUAAUGUUGUUGAUAAACUGUAUAAUAUGCUACGUGACUCAGACACCAUAGUUGUCACCAAUUGUUUAUCUGUAUUGGAUGAAAUAUUACAACCAGAUGGCGGUAUUGUUAUCAACAAAAAUAUUGCUCAUUAUCUUCUUAAUAGAUUAUCUGAAUUUACUGAAUGGGGACGAAGCAAAAUAUUGGAUUUAUUGCUAAAAUAUGAGCCAACACAAGAUGAGGCAUUUGACAUUAUGAAUCUAAUAGAUGGUUGCUUAAAACACCGUAAUAGUGCAGUAUCCAGCAGUGCAAUCAAACUACUAUUACAUUUAACAAAAGACAUGGAAGAUAUACAUUUACAAGUCUUUAAGCAGGUUACAGGACCACUGCUCAACUUAGUUACAAGUAGCAAUUCAGAAUUAGCAUAUACAUCAUUAUGUCAUGCACAAUUAUUGGUUAAAAAAGCUCCUGAUUUAUUCAAUACAGCUUACAAGAAAUUCUUCUGUCGAUACAAUGAUCCCUCAUACCUGAAGCAUAAGAAGAUAGAGUUGUUAUCAUUAGUCUGCUGUGAAGAUAAUGUACAAAAUAUUGUCAAUGAACUUAGUGCGUAUUGUACAGAUGUAUCUGUGAGUUUAGCUGAAAAGUCCAUCACAGCAUUGGGUGACAUUGUCAAAUAUAAACCACUCUGUUCACAAUUAUGUAUGAAGACUUUGAUUCAUUUAUUGUCACUGCAGUUAGGAUAUAUCACUUCACAAGUACUUAUAACACUACAAGGUUUAUUUCUAUAUGAACGAAAUGCGUGUUUCAUCAGUGAUGUGAUGGAGCAAAUCCCAGAAUGUGUGUCUAUAUUGGACAAUAGUAACGGUAAAGCAGCUAUGAUAUGGUUAAUAGGACACUAUGGACAGUCUUUAUCUGAUAGUCCAUAUAUACUGGAAGACAUGAUUGACAACAUCAGUGAAGAACACAGCAACCUGGUGAAGUUGCAUUUAAUAACUGCCACCACUAAAUUAUUCUUUAAACGACCUGCAGAAUGUCAAGAUAUGCUGGGCAAACUCUUGGAGCAUUGUAUAGAAGUAGAGAACAAUGUAGAAGUUGGAGACCGUGCUAGUAUGUAUUACAGACUACUGCACGAGGACAUCAAUAAGGCCAAAGAAAUAAUAAAUUCUUCCCUUUGUACUGUUAAAGAAGAUGAUGAAAAACCAUGCAAUACUUUACACCAUAUACAAUGUUUUGGCUCCCUCUCUGUUUUAUUUGGCCAAGCAAAGUGGAAGGAGAUAAAACUAAGAGAAAGGCAGCAGUUUACUGAAAAAGUUCAAGAAAAUGAAACACUUGUAUGUAGAGAAAAGGAAAUCAAUACAGCAAAUUUACUGAGUAUAGAUGAUGGUGAUUGUGUUGCCAUGGAAACAAUAAAAAUGAAAAAUAGUUUUACACUAACACCUGAGGCAUUUGAAGGAAAAUGGAUUGCAAAUUCUGCAAGUGAAAUAUUGGAAUUUACAGUCCCAUCAACAUUGACAGCGAUAGAAGUUGAACAACGAUUUAACAAUCACAAUGUGGUUACUAUGGCAACAAGCCAGUAUGAGACUGACCCAUGGAAAGCAUUCUUCUAUGCACAGGACACAUCAGAAUAUCUGUACUUGUUUGAAUUGACAUUGAGUAAACACGAUUGUAAGGCAGUAAUAUCAUUGAAAUGGGAAGGUGAAGAGGCAACCACUUCACCAACAGAAGAAUUUCAAAAAUUAUGUUGUAUAAUCCUUAAUUCGUAGAUGUACCUUUUACUCUUAUUGGAUGUAUUAAGUUUAUCAUACUGCAGAAUACUUUAUUUUUGCUAUUUUCACUGAAGUAAUAAUUCAGUUUAAAUAAAAUCCAGCGAAUAUUCCUUUUUCCCUAUACUUUAGAUUAAACUUAUCAAGAAUCAGUGAAAAUAAAUUCCAUAUAAAACACCCAAAAAGUCCAUUCAAAGAAAAUU